GGUGAAGGGGCUGGGCGCGCACGCGCUGCGUCUCUAGGCAACGAGAAAAACAGAGGCCCUCAGAGAGCGCCUGCGCGGCGAGUGGUUGGCAUGGGGUUGGUCUGGUCUGGAAAGCUAAGUGCUGGGGUUUUCCCUGAGCAGGAACGGUCCUCCAGAGCCUCAGGACCUAAUAAGCACCCACAGGAAAUAAUGAGCAUUCACCAAAUGCUUAUUGAAGGAAAGCUCUGUCAGACCCAGCACUUCUGUCCCUAAAAAGUUCAAGAGAAUAGGCUUCAGUCCAGUCCCUGAAUGGCUGGCCUCCAGUUGGCACCAUCUCUGCCUGUGGGCGUUAUGCUUCCAUAUAAUAAGACAGAAGCUCCAGGGCUUCUCUCCACUAAGCAAGAGCCCUGUGAAAAAGGUGACUCUUCUCAGCGGUCCUCCAUCGGGCACCCGAGGAACAAUUUCCAGCAGAAACUUUUGAGCAACAAAGAGUUGACACUGGAUAAUAUCUACACUCACUCCAAAUGGAACACCUGCACGAAAGUCCGGAACUGCUCCUAUCCCCACUGUGUUGGAAUCAGCCAGCAAGAUUUAAGAAGCAAUCCCCAGGGCCAAGCAAAGGGUUUAUUUUACUCAUCAAGUCCUCAGUCCCGGUAUCCCAAAACAGAUAAUCAGGAAUUCAUCUCCUUCACAAAGAAGCGAGUUGGGGUAGACCGGGCAUACCCACUGAAACCCGUGUUCCAUAGGAAGUCUCAUAGUACUGGGGAGGCUGGCAUUGAUGGGGACCAGAAUGCUUCUCCAAGACCCCCUGAGCCAAGAGAGUUUCCGUACAGCAGCUUUGGUUCAAGGAACUGGGUGCAUUCAUCUGUGGUUCGUGCUGUUGCUGCCACACAGGAGGAGAGGGCCAUGCCAAACCCCAACAGAACUGAAUGGGUGCGGAUCCAAAGACUAGAAGCUGUAGGGGAGAGCUUACAGGAGGAAAUCCGAAGAAAAGAGACCCUCCUAAGGGAAAAGCUGAAGAAGACAGAGGAGGAACUCAGAAGGAUCCAGAAAGAAAAGGAACAGGCUAAGGAAAAUGAAAAAAGAGAGCUACAGAGAAUGACACUCCCCAGGAGGAGCGUUAAAGGUAAUAGCAGCACCGCAUACAGACCUGCCUUCUCCCCAGAAUUCGGGUCUGAGGAGGUCUUCAGUAGAGCCAAGGGAGAGGAUGAAAUCUGGGGACGGUCUCAAGAAAAUUCUAGUCCAUUUCAGCUCUCUGACUAUGGAAUACAGAAACUCAAAAGGGAAAGACUGGUGGCUAGCAAUAACAAAAUCCGAGACCUAGUCUCAGAGCCAUCAAAAGAGUGUUCUCAGUCUUCAGAAGGGCUUGGCAGUGCUUGGCAGGGGUCCGCCAGCAAUCCGAGUUUGUCUAGGGCCCCAGACUCCUCGCUUCCCAGCUGUUCCACUGAAGAGCCCGAACUUGGCGAAUGUAGCCACUGCGGACGCAAGUUUCUCUUGCUCAGGCUGGAGAGACACUCCAACGUCUGCAGCAGGAUGCAGGGUUCCAAGAGGAAAGUGUUUGACUCCUCCAGGGCCCGGGCCAAGGGCACAGAACUAGAGCAGUACUUGAACUGGAAGGGAUCGGCCUCAGUCAAGGCUGAACCUCCUCGGAAGAGCAACUGGAGACAGAAGCACGAGUCCUUCAUCCGUACGCUCCGUCAGGCCCGAGAGGUCCAGCAGGUAAUUGCCAAAGGUGGAAACCCCGCAGACUUGCCUCCCAUCCUGCCUGCAGAAAAUCCAGAUUAUAUUCAGUGUCCUCACUGCAGCCGCCACUUUGCUCCCAAGGUGGCCGAGCGGCACAUUCCCAAGUGUAAGACCAUUAAGAACCGGCCUCCACCUCCAAGGAAGCAUUACGGUUGAGCAGACGGCAGUGGGAGCCGCAGAAGGCUCUGCUCUCGUCAGCAGUUAGUGGGAGUAGAACAGUUUGAUGCAAAACAGAACUAAAACUUCCACAUCUCUCAGAUCUGCCUGCACAGCUUACAUCAGUGAGGGGAGCCCCAUCGCUAAGCAGCAGGAGGCUAAAGGAAACCUCAGCUUCCCACGAAAUUACCACCUCAGGCUGGUGCGCCUUGUUACUGGCCUGGGAACGGAUGGACAAAGACUCUCAAUGUAGCGAGCGGCCCACAGUAAAGUUCUCUUCUCGCGAGGCGGGUGUGUGGUUUGUGCUGAGUGCCUGCGUCCGCUGUGCCUUCCUGCCCCUGCCUCUGCGCGUGUGCCUGUGGUUCCUGUUAACUCUUCUUGCUCCUGCAGGAGAAUUCUAA